CCGGCCCUAGCAACGGCCCGUCUCCAUGGCGACAGGCAGCGUCUGAGUGGAGGAAUGCGGGGCUACACGGGUCAAUAUCUGGGCUGAAAACACACCGAGCGGUGAUUAACCCCGACUUUUAGCACCUGUAUGGACUUUCCUCACCUCGCUGCUCUCGGGUGAAGAUGGGAUGCGGAAGUUCCUCUCAGACGACGGUCCGACCGCUGACGGCCGCAGAGCUGAACGGAGACCAGGAUGAGACUGGAAGUAAACUCGGUGGUCGUGGAGACUCGGCGGUGUCGAAGGGCACCGCAGACAGCGGUGUGGUGAUGGAGAACAGAGAGAUCACACGUUUACCUGGAGAAGUGUCCACGCAACUCCCUCCUCUAACAUCCGACACCGUUAGAGACAGUGAGGUGAACAGAAUCGCACAAGACUGCUUACUGCAGCGAGACAGCACGGUACAGGAGCGUCCGAAGUCCAGUGAGAUCCUGGAGGAGCUGCUGAAUCAGGGCAUCAUCCCAGUGGGGCAGAGCAGAGAGAAGAGCAGUGGGCCUCCAGAAGCCUAUAGCAUCAUGCUGGAUGACAGGGACGGAGUCAAACGACGGCCUCCUGCCAGACUGGAAUCUCUGAAGGCCAAAAAGGCUCAAAGUCUCCACAGCAGAGAAGAGAUUGAUGAGAAGAUGAGGCUCGCUGAGGAGAGACGCAAGUCAAGGGAAGACGAACUCAAGGUGCGUUUAAGGACCAAGUCGGCGCGCGUUCGUGGCCCUGCUCCCAUCUCCAGCGUGGGGGAGGAUGAAGACGCAUCCCUCACCCCCGUGGAGCCGCUAAGGUCACCUCUCUUCCCUGAUGCAGCUCCAGCUCCGCUGCAUGACGGCCAGAUCGCAUCUGAAGCCGCAGAGGGAGGGGAGUGGGCGAGACAGGCUGGAAGUGAUGGCAGGGAUGAAAGGAGGGGAGAUAACAGAGGUGGAGGUGCUGAGAGGGGAAGUGAGGAGUUGACCCAGGUGGAGGAGCUCAAGGCAGGUCAGCUUCUCUCAGCCUCAGGGGAGCUGGAGAGCGAUUCUAGCUUUCAACACGUGGAGGACAAAGACGGAAUAUUUUAAAUUACUGCACAAAAGCGCCAUUAACCAGCACAAAGAGGGCAGCAAAGAAAUAAUUCCUUUUGCACAAGGCUUUUAAAACCUGUAAAAAAUGUAUCAGAAAUGUAAAAAUGUACAUUUUUGGUGAGAAAUUGCCUUACAGUGGUAGCUAGAAUGUGGAUCAUUUGUUUUCAGGAGUAGAAUUAGCCUAUAAAUUGUUGGAAUAAUAAGCUCAGUAAGAAGCACAAAGGAAUGCGAGGGUUUUAUUUUAAACACAAUGUGAUUUACCUCAGUGACUGCUUUAAAAAAUAAGAUUUGAAGCUCUUGCCAACAAACCAAAUAGAUUUUUGUUUUACGCUGCAUUGUGAAAAAUAACUCUACAUGUGAAGGUUGGGCAGUUGUUCUGCUGGACAUAAGAUGGCGCUGUUUCAGUAGUUGUGCUGCAGCUAGAAGAUGAGCUACAUGGACAUGCUUUUUGGUGACAUGUGAGGAAGUGCCUUGAGUGAAUAGCCACAUUGAAGGCUUCUUGUUAAUCAAUAAAAGUCCCAUUUUUCUCAGAGUGUUGCUUCUGUGAAAGAAGAGUGUGUGCUGUGAAGAGAAAACUCAAAUAUCUGAACUUUUAGAUGCGUAUUUUCCAGACUGGGGUUGUGCUUUUAGUGGGUGUGACCUUAGUGGGACUGUGCUGUGGGUAUUCAGCUGUUUCACUGACCUCUGAUCUUUAGCUCUCCUCUGCCUGACAGGUGGGCUAAAGCUAAAGGGGUGAAAAGCACAAACCCUCCAACACGGCCGCCUUCCUCGUGAUUAAACUGUUUCUAGUGUGUUGUUAUAGAAAAUGAAUUAAUCUACAAAGUAUAGAUCUGGAGAGGAUCGCUGACAUGUUUGAGUUAUCCUGAAGAUUACCAGGAAGAAAGGAUAAAUGAAGUUCUGAACGGGGGCCACCGUAUUGUCGGAGAGGAUUCAGACUGGUCAGCAUGCUGCACAUGAACACAGACAAUAAGAGCACGCAACCUGACCGCAUCCCCAUUGUUGAGCCUGAGAAACUCGAUCCCGGCUCCCCUUUUUUCACGGCUCCGCUCGGACUUUAAAGGGCGUGUGGCUGCAUUAAUAAAACAGCGGGCGAACAGAGACACCGCAGAAAGACGCUUCAUCAGGUUGCAUUUCAUUGUGAUGUGGAGUCGUGCAGCAGCAAUUCACAUUCAGACUGGAUGUGGCAGCAUCUCU